AUGCAUUUGAAGGCAAUAGUGUCAUUUGAAGAUCAAGUGAUAAAUUUAGUGCUCGAACUGACUUGUGGCGAAAAUAUUACAUUAUAUUCUACGAAACCUUGGUCUUCACUAUUUGCCAUGGAACGAACCGCUUUUAAAGACCUAGAUCUACGCGAAUUUGUAACCCUCAACAUCAAACUCAUUCAUUUCUUUGGGUACUUUUCCCCAGAAUUUCACAACUCCACAAUAAAAAUAAUCUAUUUCUUCUACCGCCUAGGAUUCCUGAGUUUUAUAUUUUUCUCAUGUUUCUUAACUCAACUGGCAAACAUGAUCGAUUCUUUCGGCGACAUUGAAAGAAUGACAGACGCAUCAUUUUUGCUUUUCACCAACAUAGUUCAAUGCCUCAAGUUGUACUGCUUCAUGAACUACGCUUCACGAAUAUGGAAACUCGUUCACAGCAUGAACGCAGAAGUGUUCAAACCAAGAAAUCAAACACAGUGCGAAAUUCUGACAAAAGAAAUCAAGCUGUCGAAGACAAUCUCAGUACUGUUUUUGCUAGCAUGUACUUUGACGUGCAUUUCUUGGGGCGUGUCACCACUAUUAGACAGAACAAGCGACGAUGGUAUCAGAUUACCGUUAAGCGGAUGGUACCCUUUCCGAACUGAUAGGUCUCCAGGGUUCGAAUUUGUGUACAUUUAUCAGAUUUUGUCGACUUGGGUCAACGGUUUGGGAGACAUUAGCAUGGAUACUUGUGUGUCGGGGACGAUAAUGUUUAUUUCUGCACAGCUUAGUGUACUCAGAGAUGCUUUAGAAACGAUGAAACAUACAAAAAAUAGUGACCAUCAGACGAUUAAUGAGGCGUUGGUUCGAAAUGUCGUUCACUUCAAAAACAUAGUUCAAUUUGCCGAAGAAGUGACCUUUCUAUUUACUGCAGGUAUAACAGGUCAGUUUGUGGUUGGAGUAGUCAUAGUGUGUAUGUCGAUGUUCCAAAUGAGUUUAGUCUCUGUGCUAAGUUUCCAAUUUUUUGCUAUGUUUCUCUACCAAAGUUGCGUCCUUUUGGAAAUAUACUUGUGGUGUUUUUACGGAAAUGAAGUAAUUAUGAAGAGCGACCAACUCACUCAGUCUGCGUAUAUGUGUGAAUGGACUGACGCUCCAGAGGAAUUCAAACAGAAUUUGAUGAUUUUUAUGAGUCGGACACAAUUCCCUCUUAAAUUGUAUGCUUCGGGUUAUUUUACUCUAUCUCUGGAAACUUUUAAGGCGAUUGCAAAAUCUUCGUGGUCCUACUUUGCUGUACUCAAUCAAGUUCACGAAGGAAAAGUGGCUUAA